AUGUCUCCCAAGAACCCUUCCUUCGUAUUGAAGUCCAUCAAAGACGUUACCUUCGAGGAACGUCCAGUGCCAAAAAUUCAAAACCCAACAGACGUGCUCAUCCGGGUGAACGUUACCGGGAUCUGCGGCUCAGAUGCAAGCCCCUUCUAUCCCUCCCCUGUUCUUCUUUAUGAAAAAGAAUGAAGGAAAAUCUAAAACAAACAACAGGUACACUACUGGCAACACGGCCGCAUCGGUGACUUUAUCCUCGAAGCCCCCAUGGUGCCCGGCCACGAAUCUGCUGGCACGGUCGUAGAAAUAGGGCCCAAAGUGACUUCACUAAAGCCGGACGACCAUGUGGCCCUCGAACCCGGUGUCUCCUGCCGCCGCUGUCCGUUUUGCAAGGCGGGGGAGUACAACCUCUGCAUAGACAUGAAGUUCGCCGCGACACCGCCAUACGAUGGGACGUUAGCAAAGUACUACGUCCUCCCGGAGGACUUUUGCGUGAAGCUUCCGGAAAGUGUGAGUCUCGACGAGGGCGCACUGGUGGAGCCACUGGCGGUAGGCGUGCACGUGGUCCGGAAAGCGGGCGUCAAGCCGGGCGACUCGGUAGUCGUGUUUGGCGCGGGCCCCGUGGGGCUGCUAUGCUGCGGUGUUGCGAAGGCAUUCGGCGCAACGAAGGUUAUAGCAGUGGACAUCAUCGACUCAAGGUUGGAAUUUGCAGAGAGGUAUGCUGCAACGGGGACAUUCAACGCCACUCACUCUAAGAACCCCAACGUCAACGCUGCUCAAAUCAUUAAGCUCUUCGAUCUUGAAUUUGGUGCCGACGUCUCUAUCGACGCUAGUGGUGCUGCCCCCAGCAUAAACACGUGUGUGCACGUCCUCCGCACAGGGGGGACUUUCGUGCAGGUUGGUAUGGGCACUACCGAGAUCGCUUUUCCCAUUUUGAAGCUCUGUGCCAAGGAGAUUACCCUGAAAGGUAGCUUCAGGUAUGGUCCCGGCGACUAUAAACUCGCUGUGGAACUUAUCGCUAGCGGAAAGGUUAUGGUGAAAGAGUUGAUUACAGGGAGAGUCAAGUUUGAAGACGCGGAGAAAGCAUUCGAACAAGUGUUAAACGGGCAGGGCAUUAAAACGCUAAUUGAUGGACCCUUGGAUUGAUCUUCUUUAUGAAAAGCUUUUUCUUUAUCACACUUCCCUUUGUUGCUAUCAUUAUUAUUAAUUCCUCCUAUGCCAGGUGGAGAUAGGGAGUGGAGUACGGCACCGUGGUGCGGGAGUGAUGCAAGGGUGCACGGUUUUUUUUUAUUCUGAUCAGUUAAUGUCUCCAAUCCCCGGCGAUCAUAAAUCCCCCCAAUGCUACCGGCAAUCAAGCAUUUGUGAAGAUGGUCAGAUAAAAAUAAACCCGAAUCACACAUGGGGAUCGUGAAAAGAAAGAUACCAAACAUAAAAGUCUUAAACCUUGUAUAUUCCGGAUCAUGCAAAUUGAGUACUAAGUUACCAGCAGACAGAAGAGGUCAGGUUUUCCUGCAGCGGAACGCAGGGAAAAGAUAUAUCAACCCAAGUACGGGCAC